AUGGUUAAUAAGCCCUCUUCGUUGGCCGAAGCCUGCCAUGAAAACCAGAAGGCACCAACCACCCAUUUAAUUACACUUCUCGAUCAAGUCGCCGAGCAAUUCCCAGAUCAUGAUGCCAUCAUAUCCCUCCAUCAGAACAGCCUGCGCUGGACCUUUGCUCAACUGCAGGAGAAGAGUAUCCAACUCGCCACCCGUUUAUCGUCUAGAGGCGUUGGUCUUGGAAGUCGAAUCGUGACCUUUAUGUAUAACGAAGCCCAUUGGGCACUACUUUUCUGGGCAUCUGCCCGCCUGGGCUGUCAAUUUGUGCCACUGGAUCCCCGGGUGCUCGAUCGCGACGCAUGGGAUGUUUUGUUUCUUCUAGAUCAACUGGAACCAGGAGCAAUAUUUGUAUCAAACGAGGCCAUGGCGAAUCGGAUUACACAUAUCACAACCGAUCAUCACCAUCGCCCUUUUGUUCAGUGCGUUGUCAGCGACAAUGAAGAGAUUAAUGUUUCGGCCGGGUGGACGACGGUGUCCAACAUCAUGUCGGAGCCAUUAAAAGACAAUCCUCCUUUACAUCAACCCGGGAACCCAGAUGAUACAAUACUUAUCCUGUUCACGAGUGGCACCACUGCACUUCCCAAAGGCUGUCCGCACACGACCACCUCCAUCGGGGCUCAAGGGCUGGGGUUUAUGUACGAGUUGAAACUGGGACCUGGCACCAAUCUUUGCCAGCAUUUACCGAAUUUUCAUGUCUUCAAUAUUGCAUUUACUCUUGCAUUCUGGCUGGCUGGUGCGACUGUUAUCUUCCCAAGCCUUUCUUUCGACCCACAAGCCACCUUGCAGUUGAUCAGAUCCUAUCAACGGGUCACAGCUCCCUGUGUCCCGGCCAUGAUACAUGCUUUACUGAACUGUGCAUCGCCUCAGAAUAGCUCCCGGCCUUCGUUUGAAGUUGUUCUAGGUGGUGCUCCAGUGACACUGGACGUAGUGAAGCGCUGUAGGGAUUUGGGGGCGACAAGGGUGCUGAUAGGAUAUGGCAUGACUGAGGGUGUAGCUUUUGUCAACACUUCUCUCGAGAUGUCCAUGGACCUAACGACAAGGAAUGUGUCUGUUGGGAAGGUAUUCUACGGUGGGCGAGCCAGGAUCUGUCUUGAGGGAAGCCGUAUCCCCAUUCACAAAGAGGAGAUCGGAGAUCAGGGGUACAUGGACAAUCAGGGCUAUGUUUAUAUCCUCGGCAGGUAUAAAGAUCUUAUUAUCUGCGGUGGCGAGAACAUCUCCCCAUUGAAAAUAGAGCAGUGUUUGGCCGAGGUAGAUGGGAUAGGGGAUGUGUAUGUUGUCGGAACACCAGAUGCUGUUGCCGGUGAAGUGCCUGUUGCUGUGAUGCGAAAAGAUCCGUCAGGCCAAAUGCCAAUGAAAAAAACUCUUCAAACAAUGCUUUCGAAUGAACUUGGUCAAUCGUUUGCUCCAGCACGCAUUCUUGAUCUCCAAGAUGAUCUUGGAAAGGAUCAUUAUCCAACUACAACAUCUGGCAAAAUCCAGAAAACAGUGCUUCGAGAAUGGGUGACUGAGCAUCUCAAUCAGAUCACCGUCGACAAUCCAAUCUCUUCCGACGACCUCACAACAGAAUUAACGACAUUAUGGUCUGGCUUAACCGGUCUGGCACCUACAGAUAUCGAUCGAGACGUUUCUAUACGAACCUUCGCCGAUAGUAUGAUCCAAAUCCAGUUUUGCAACCUGAUAAGCCAAAAGCUGCAACUGGUGAUCACGCUGAUUGAUUUGACAAAGUGUAACACGAUUAGAAAACAGGCGAAGCUACUCAACGAAAGAAAGCACGUCAAGGACUCUUAUUGUCGUGAUACAGACCAUGCUCCUCCAGCGCAGCUCGACAUGGAGUGGGCAAAACGGGUGGCCUUUUCCAAACUGAACGGACUCGGAUUUAACUGGGAUGACGUUGAAGAGGUCAUUCCGAUUGCAGACUGUGUGAAACGGACACACUACGGACACAGGCCAAACUCGUGGAACACCCGGAUGUCGUGGAUUACGAGCUCAUCAAUCAGCGUCGCAGAUGUCAAGGCGGCCUUGCACACUUGGCUUCAACGUCAUUCACUGCUACGAUCUACGCCUCUUGCAUACGAUGAGGAACUAGAUCUAUAUUUAGUCAUGCAUCCCAAUGAGGAUUGGAUGAAACUACAGAUUGUGGACGGCGGGAUGGUUAAAGACAUAAACAGCGUCGAAACAUACAAGCUGAAUGAUGCCGACUAUGACCACCUCGAUGGGAAGGGGCCAUUGUUCAGGGCUACUAUCCUAAGUGUGGAGAAUUCGUCCGUUAUCGGAUUGGUCAUGCACCUGCACCAUCUUGUGUUCGAUGCCCACAUCCUGUUUCGAUGGUUUGAAGACCUCAAGAACCUUCUGAGUCGCAAGGACCAGCUUCUCAAUUUUCAUCCAUACCGUGACUAUAUCGCAGAUUACCAAAGCAACCGAACUGGGCCAGCAGCCCAGAGGGCGGUUGACUUUCAUGUUAACAAAAUUCGAGGAAUAUCGUCUGCUUCCGAUGCGUUAUGGCCACGGCAGAUUGCACCACACUGGCUGAAAGGUGAUAACCAGGGCUGGGUCCACAGUGACAACACUCCAGGCCAUCCCAGUGAGCGACCACUUCUGGAUGGAGAUAAAAGCAUUGGCACCAAAGGUAUCACUCGCGCUGUGCAUGUGCCCAAUAUCUCGGAAUUACAACAUAAGUUCGCGAUAACACCCCCGAUAAUUGCGAGAUGCGCCUGCGCAUUGAUCAAUGUGCGCAUGACUGGAGCUAAAGAGGCAAUCUUUGGCCUCGUUGAAUCGGGCAGAACCUGGCCCUCUGCGGAUAACAAUUGCCCCGACAAUAAAGGUAUCGAUAUUUUAGAAAUCGACGGGCCUACAAUCAUCCAAUGUCUCAGCCGCACAAGAAUUUCACCAGACGAAAGGGCAAUCCAGCUUCUAUCCAGGAUGAGCAAGGACCAAGACGAUAUUGUUUCUAAUACAUAUGCUCCUAUGGACGAAAUAUGCCGGAAACUGGAUGAUUCAGACUCCAAAUCCUUCAUCGACAUCCUCUUCCGCCAAAGUCUGAACUGGAGGAUGGAGGGAUAUAAAGAACACGCGUCUGAUCCAAUCAAGUUAAUCGAAAACAUUUCUCGAUCCGACUUUGGUCUUUUCUGGCUACCGGGCAUGAUGGAGGGUGAUCUGUUACGGCUGACUGUGAGAUACGACGAUGCUCAGCUUCGGGCAACGGAUGUAUACAAUAUUAUGACGGAGUUCCUGUGCGCUGUGGCCUGGCUUUGUGAUCCUGGUAAUAUGGAUAAGCCUGUGUCGCAGUGCGAUUUCCAAGGUCAUGAUAUCGUGGACCUUGAUCGCGAAGGUCCGACUCGCUAUCGGAAGUGA